AUGAAGGACCCAAAACAGAGAGAUGAGGGAAGAAACUGUCUAAACAUAUUUUUCCCUCAAUGUGUAGAAUCAACAGACACAAAAUUAAAACUGUACUUGUAUGGAAUCUGCAUGGAAAACACGUGCAUCGUGAUCCAUGUUACAAAAAAAAAAAAACAUAAUAUCAAUUUUAUGAAUACUCAAGAGGAUCAUAUUAAGGGAAAGGGGAAAAAAGUCCAAUUAAUUGGAGAACUAAUUUUCGCUUAUAACUCAGAUGAUAUAGAGAAAAUAAAUUUGGAAUUACGAGAUGGCAAUGACCGAUGUGAUUAUUUAUAUAUGGCUUAUUAUAGAGAAAAACCCAUCCUCAUAUAUGGAAAUAUGAAAGAAAAAAAAUAUAUGAACGUUCUGUUCAUACUGUAUAAUUUGAAUAAAUAUAUAUAUAACAUUUCUGAUGAUCAUGUAAACAGUCUCGUUUUGGAUGCAUUUAGAACAGAUAGGUUAUUCACAAAAACAGGGGUUAAAAAAGAUGCAGAAAAGUAUGACCACGUGCAGGAAGAAAAAGUUGCAGAAGAAAAAAUGUACACCACAGGUAAAGAUAAAAUGAAUGAGAGGGAUCAAAUUUACUUCGAUCAUGACGACCGUGUGAGCAGCCUAGUAAUCGACAAACCAAGCGACACUCAGGACAUGUUCUCGUGGGAAAAGAAAGAGAACAAUCAAAACUUCAAGCAGAAUGAACAGAAUGAGAAAAGGGAUCGAUUUGUCCAUUCAGAUAAGGAACAUUCAAGCACUACGAAUGUAGAAAGUGCAUUAAAAGAGGAAAAAGGAAAUAACGGAGCUUGUCCACAAUUUAUUGAAAAUAAAAAUGAACAUCCUCUGACUAUGCGUGACAUAAUUGCAAUAAUGAAUAAUAAAAGCGUUUAUGUAAGAAUAAUAGAAGAGGAAGUAGAAGCAGGAGAAGAAGCAGGAGCAGGAGAAGAAGCAGGAGCAGCAGGAGCAGAAGAUAAGGAAAAAAGUCUUCCCUGUGGUGAUUACCGAGGAGAAGCAUUUAUACCCAAGAAGAAAAACAUGAAUUCUGCCCUUUUAUUCAUUUCAUUUUUAACGUACAUAAUUUCAGCAGUGAACAAAACAUCUUAUUACAUACUAUGCACACUUCUGAAAAUAAGUGCAAAGUUUGUCUCAGAGCAGAAGAAAAACACACUUAUUUAUAUCAAAGAGAGAUUACUGAUGCAUUCAGAGUGGCAUCAAUUAUUAACUAAUUUAAUAGCAUAUAACCAAAAUCCAUCUGAUUACUACAUGUACAAACAGAUACUGUUAAUUCGGUUGUGUAAUUUUGUAAUAGAUACAGUUUUGGGAGUCUUCAUUUUUUUCUUAGUCUCCCACAGAAUUAUUAACCUCCAUUUUGUUUUCCAAAAAAUGAGCCUUUUUUAUGACACCGGAACAUUGACGUCCAUACUAGGAACAUUGCUACAAAACCCACUGGGAUUGAAGCUGAACAAUAACUUCACCUCUUUUAUUGGAAGUAUAAUCAUCUCUAUUUUGGACAAAUGGGACUAUUUCAAGAAUGUAUUUCAUUUGAAGAACAUUUCAGUUGUUGACCUUAUUUUAUUUUCCUCUACUUGUGGAUUUUCUUUUUUUCUUUCACUCGUGAUGGAUUACCUCAAGAUUAUCACUGCCCAUGUGACAUUGAUUUUCUUCUUCUUAAAAAAAAUACAUUCAAUCUUUCACAAUAACAUGUAUUCUCUCUAUUUGUUGUUCAAUGGGAAAAAAUGGAAUAUUCUUAAAUUACGAGUAGACACGAAUUAUUACACUAAUGAAGAAGUCAUUCUAGGAACCAUCCUUUUUACCAUACUAAUUUUUUUAUACCCAACAGUUUUUGUCCUAUUUUCGGCUUUUGGACUUAUUCACUUUAUUAUCUAUAGAAUUAUAUACGUCAUUUCCAUUUUGAAGGAAAUUAUUUUGCAUGUGCCGUUUUACAUCUUCCUUCUGAGAUCUAGCAAAAAUAAAUAUAUCAGCAGAGGGAUAAGGUUCUCCAUCUGUAAGUUCAGCAUAAGAAAGACGCUUCCUUGUGCGUUCACGUUUGCGUUUGUGUGUGUGUGUAAAGAUACUGAAUUGAAAGACCUACCAAAAUGUCAUUAUCUCUUAUUAGAAAAUUCGAAAUUUUCAUUUUUCGACAAAAUAAAAUUAUUAAUGAAUGUUUUCCAGAAUUAUGAUAAUGCAAAAUGA